CCUCAGAACAUCAGCUGUGAUGAAAGUGCCAUGGUCCACGUCAUCUCUAGCUUUUCCAGCCGUUGGGGUCGCUUUAGGACUGAACAAUGAGCCCAACUUGAGCCGAAUACCCACUCCCCCGCCUGCGUCUUUCUCGUUUGUCUGCAUAAUAACCUUCUCAGUAAGCGCCCACUUUCUUCCAUACGCGCUUAGCUAGCUGAACACACAUUCUCUUUGAUAUCACGCGGCGAGCCUCGUGCCUGCGCGCCACUGCACUGGUUUGUAAACAAAGACGGACGAGCGGACGAGGUGAGGGCUGUUCAACAACAACAUGGACACGGCGUACGCUCGGCUAGAGGGAAGGGACUUUGAAUUCCGGAUGCUCAAGAGAAGAAUAACGAUCGGCCGCAACAGCAAGCUGGGCGGUGUGGACGUGAACAUGGGGAAUUCGCGGUUCAUUUCUCGCCGGCACCUGGACAUACUGAUGGAGCGGAACCAGCUGUACCUGGUGUGCCGCGGGAAGAACGGAGUCUUUGUGGACGACAUAUUCCAGAAGAGGGAAAACAAAAGGCUCCAAUUACCGAACUCCUGCAUCAUCAGGUUCCCGUCCACCCAGAUCAAGCUGGCCCUAACCUCUAUGAUAGAGGAGAUGCCUCCUCGUCUUCCCCCUCCCAUCUCCCCCAUUACGCAGCCUCUGAGGAUUGACACCACUCUCACUUCGCCCUUUGUGUCCCCCAUGCCUUCCCCGACUGGCACCAUCAGUGCUGUCAACUCAUGCCCAGUCAGUCCCAAUGCUGUAGAGCAGUACGCACGCAGAAUGCCCUUUGAACUCAUGGCCAAAUAUGCCUCCAAAUUGCUGGCAUCUCAACAGCAGAGAGAAGAGAAACCAGUCGAAAGUGAGGGAUCAGGUGAAAGGACUGAUGAAGAGGGUGGUGCUUCCACCGAGCAGCAGGGGGAAGAAGAGGGAGGACAGAAAGACGCUGUGAAGCCACCAUAUUCUUACGCCCAACUCAUAGUGCAGGCUCUACUGGCACCAAAGGAUCGUCGCCAAACCUUGAGUGGAAUCUACAACUUUAUUGCCGAGAAGUACCCUUUCUACAAGUUGGAAGACAAAGGGUGGAAGAAUUCGAUCCGGCACAACCUCUCGCUCAACCAGUACUUUAUGAAGGCUCCGCGAGAGAAGGAAGGAUUGGGCUUUGGGAAGGGAGGUUACUGGUGCAUGCAUCCAGACUACGAAGAGAAGCUCACUUCCCAGGCAUACGUCAAGAGGAAAAAGAAAGGUAUCCCUGUGUUCCCCUCUGCUGGGCUUCUUUCCAAGUCUGCUCCCUCAUCCCCCACUCACCACCCUCUCAUUCCGUCCGAUUUUGCCCUGCGUGAGGUGGAGGCCAAGUUUGCACUGCCCCACACCCCUCCCUCGCAGUUUUCCCUCCCUCACACCCUCUUCCCUCCCUCCGGUCUCCACUCCUCUGCUUCCCUUCCUCCCUCUCCCUCGCGCCCACACCCCACCUUCACUGCCGGCCCCUUCAAAUAUUUUUCUCUCGGUCGAUCUACCUCAGUCGAGGCCCUGGCACCAGAGGUGGCUCGCAAGAGAGAUCAUGGAGCAGAAGACGGCACUCCCUCGGCCAAGAGGACCCGAUGCAGGGAGGACGAGGGGGAGGAGACUCGACCUGACCCCCCACCACCUCUGAUGAUGAAACCCCUUCAUCCAAUGACACUGUCUGCCAUGUCAGGACCUGCUGGCGCCUUCCCCCAGCCUCCGACUGGAGUUCAGUUCUUCCAGAUCCCAAUGGUGAACCAACCCUCCCUCUCUACCUUCCUUCCGCCAGGCUUUGUGGGAGUCGGCAGUUCGGCCCUGCCCAGCCAGCCGUCGUCUGGCGAGCACAAUGACAAAUCCCCGACUCCUCGAGAGGAGGGCUAGGAGCCGGAGGAAUUUAGGAGCAAUUUACUGUACACUUGAUGAACCUUUCUUAUACUAGAGCUUUGUUCAAGGCCCCAUAUACACGUUUCACACUGACUGAAUGUCUCACUUUACAUGUCUUCUGUAUGCUACUGUAUAAUACACAACGAUGUUGGUGAAAUGAACGUGGAGACAUAUAAAAACAGACAAUCAGCCAUAGGCACGCAUCUUGCUAUAAGCCAGCGUCAACUUCCCAUUGCUUCCAUAGCACUAUUAGAAGUCACAUGAUUAUCACGUGAUACAGGUAACACGUCACGUGACUUACAUCAUACAGGGAUCCAAGGUCAGUGUCGAGAGCUGGAGAGAAGGAGUUUUGGAUGUACACAAACUGAGGAGGUUUGGAGAUAGAAAUAGUGUCGCAAGAUUUUCAGCCUCACCACAGAGUCCGCUGCAUCACACUUGAGGUUCUUCCUCAGCCACUGGUUCAGCCAGCCAAUGUUCUUCUCUCGAGACACGGCGAACCUCUUCUGCUUCAGAGCCGGUGCAUUUCCAAUGGGACUGAGGCUCACUG